AUGUUAAUAAACCAAUUAGAAUCUAAAUCUUGUGUUGGAUGUGGUGGGCAGGUGGUGCCGGCGGAGGCGGCGCUGAGGCAGGUGCUGACGGGACGGUUCUCCUUCAUCAGCUACAAGAAUUUCGUCAUCGUCAUUGUCGCCAGUCACUACACGGACGCCAGAGGCAACACUCCCUUCUACAUCAGCAAGGACAUUCCCAUGUUUUCUGCCUUUGGUUGGUGCAUCAGAAAAGGUGCGCCGUUUCGCGAGAGCUUCACACGACUGAUGGCUCGCCUGCACGCCUCGGGUAUUAUAACCUGGUGGAGUGUGGAGGUGAUGGCUGCCAGGGUCAGGGCAGAGAGGAAGGCAGCAACACUUCCACACCUGUCUUACGAUGAAGAUAAGCAGGUUGUGCUUAGUCUGGACCACAUGCAGGGAGCCUUUUACCUGCUGCUGGGAGGCUCGUGUGUGGCCUUGCUCACCCUGCUGGGGGAGACCAUCCUUCCCUCACACCUCUUGUCUGUCGUCACAUAAACCUUCGUCGUCUGCUACUUCAACGUCGUCUCCUCGUCUAUGUUGUAUCCUCACCCACGUCGUCUCCUCGUCCAAGUCAUCAACUUCGCCUAACAUGUAGAGAAUGCAGAGUGCAACGAGCACUGGGAGAUCCAAUCCUUCCUAUGACGUUCAUCGGCUUAUUAGUGCUGUUGGUACCAACCACUUGGGGUGGACGGUAGAGCGACGGUCUCAGUUCAAUACGGUCGGCGUUCACUCCCCGACCGUCCAAGUGGUUGGUCACCAUUCCUUUCCCUCCGUCUCAUCCUAUAUCCAUAUCCUGAUCGCUUCCCAGUGCUAUAUAGUCAUAAUGACUUAGCGCUUUUUCCUAAAAAAAAACUUACCUUAGUGUUAUUGGAUGGUGUCCAAGAUUGUAACCGGUUGUUAGGUGGUUGUUGACAGUUCGUGGGGUUGGCUUUGUGUGCAGUAGUUCGAAGAUGUUCACUCUUCUAUUGUCGCUGAUUCAGUCGCCAGAGAUAUCCUGACAAACAACACAGAAGCACAUAACUUGAUCACCAAAGAAAUCCUGGGUACCAACACUAACAUGAUCGACAGAUGCCGCGACAGUAGAAGACUGGACAUUGUCGAGUCACUGCAUAUCAAACACCCCAACCAUCAACACCCACCUAACACCUGGCAACACUCUCUCAUCUUCGAGCCCAGGGCGAAACUGCCAAAAUUCUGCCUCGGCUAUCAUUAAAACACCGGUGAUUGGUCAGCUACUGUGGGCCUAUUGGGCCACGUGACACUUCACCAAACCCUGUGCUACAUAUAAGGUUGCCCCACCCAAACUCCAUCACUUAACUUAGCCUUUGACAAUGUUGACAAGGUCAAUGGAACCCAUCACUUAACGUUAGGCCAUAAUAAAGCUGUAAAAUCAA